UGGGAGGGGAGCGAGCUGGCCGCAUCCCCAGCCCAGCUUUGCUGCUCGGCCCAUGACUCCCGGGCUCGGUCGCCCCUGUCACCGCUGCAGCAUCCUUGAGCUCUUCCGAAACAGCGUUGAUGAGAAACUACUCAGCAGCCUCCGCGGCGGGGAGCCAUGAGCUGUCUGGAUGUUAUGUACCAGGUCUACGGUCCCCCGCAGCCUUAUUUCGCAGCCGCCUACACUCCCUACCACCAGAAACUAGCCUACUACUCAAAAAUGCAGGAAGCCCAAGAGUGCAACGCCAGCCCCAGCAGCAGCACCAGUGGGAGCUCCUCGUUUUCCAACCAAACCCCAGCCAGUGUCAAAGAAGAGGAGGGCAGCCCAGAGAAAGAGCGCCCGCCUGAAGCUGAGUACAUCAACUCCAGAUGUGUCCUCUUCACCUACUUUCAGGGGGAUAUCAGCUCUGUGGUGGAUGAACACUUCAGUAGGGCCCUUAGCCAACCCAGCAGCUACACCCCAAGUUGUACCAGCAGCAAAGCCCACAGGAGCUCCGGACCCUGGAGAGCAGAAGGCACCUACCCGAUGAGCCAGCGCAGCUUCCCCGCCUCCUUCUGGAACAGCGCGUACCAGGCGCCGGUGCCCACGCCGCUGGGCAGUCCUCUGGCCGCCGCGCACUCCGAGCUGCCCUUCGCCGCCGACCCCUACUCUCCCGCCGCUCUACACGGCCACCUGCACCAGGGCGCGGCCGACUGGCACCACGCACACCCGCACCACGCGCACCCGCACCAUCCCUACGCGCUUGGCGGCGCCCUGGGAGCGCAAGCCUCUGCCUACCCACGGCCAGCCGUGCACGAGGUUUACGCCCCCCACUUUGACCCACGCUAUGGGCCCCUGCUCAUGCCUGCAGCAUCUGGCCGUCCAGGACGCCUGGCCCCUGCCUCGGCUCCCACUCCCGGCAGCCCGCCCUGCGAGCUCGCGGCCAAGAGCGAGGCAGCGGGCAGCGCGUGGGCCGCCGCCGGGGGACCCUUCGUGAGCCCCGCAGGGGACGUGGCCCAGAGCCUGGGCCUCAGCGUGGACUCAGGUAAGCGGAGGAGGGAGUGCAGUCUCCCUGCAGCUCCUCCCGCACUGUACCCGACUCUGGGCUGAGCCCCAGGCCCCCGCCCCCACCCCCACUACCCUGGGGAGACCACCACCCUCCGCCAGAACCACGUGGCUGAGAGAUUGCAUGCCAUCAUUUGUUUCUACGGGUAGAUGUCUCUAGAAAGUAGCACGCUGCCAUUGGCCUGGCUGGUGGUACAGAGGACUCUUUUUGUUCUUUAAAUAAAGUUCGGUGGAAAGACUCUAGUCUGCGCUGGUCAGAACUGUAGCCACUAUAACCACACAACCACACGCGACUACUGAGCCUUUGCUAGUGUGGCUAGGAUGAACGGAGACGUGCUGUCAGACAUAAUACACACUGGAUUCCUAAAACUGCAAAAGAAAAUAAUGUAAAACCUCACCUCGUUAACAUUUUAUACUGAGUUUGCAUGUUCUAUGUCCAGCAAUUGCCUCUUGGUUAUAUUGAGUUAAAUAAAAUAUACUAUUAAGA